CAGCCACUGUGUGCGCUUAGUCACCGCUAGCAGCCAACCAUAAUCCGCAAACACUCCUCAUCUCCAGCAGUGCAGCGCAGCACAGCACAGCUCUCGAGUAGCAGUUUUUUUUUCGCAAACCGGCAAAAUUCAUUCACAAAUUAUGCUGGCCAUGUCAACACUGAUGAUGCCUGCACCCACCAUAGCGAUGGGGGCGCCGCAGAUCACUAUGGCUCCACAUAAGCCACCGGAAACAAAAUUGCUCGCCAUACAUCCGGCAGCUGUUGCUGCAAAUGGCGGUGGCGGCGGCAGCGGUGGCCAGCCAACGCAUCUGCAACACAACGGUCAACAUCCGCAGUCACAGCAGCAGCCGCCGCCAAAUCAGCAGCAACAGCAAUCCCAACAGACGCAACAGCAGCAAAUCUCAGCCGGUAGCAACAAACCAGAGCAAUUUCAUAUUUUCGUUGGAGAUUUAAGUGCAGAAAUCGAGACACAACAACUAAAAGAUGCUUUCACACCAUUUGGAGAAAUAUCAGACUGCAGAGUAGUGCGCGAUCCACAGACGCUAAAAUCGAAAGGAUACGGUUUUGUUUCAUUUGUGAAGAAAUCGGAAGCGGAAAAUGCCAUUACAGCCAUGAAUGGCCAGUGGUUGGGCUCGCGUUCGAUACGCACGAAUUGGGCAACAAGAAAACCGCCGGCGACAAAAUUGGAUGUUAAUGCCAAACCUUUAACCUUCGAUGAAGUGUACAACCAAAGCAGCCCCACUAAUUGCACUGUCUACUGUGGUGGCAUCAAUGGCGCAUUGUCCGGCUUUUUAAACGAGGAGAUUUUGCAGAAAACUUUCUCUCCCUACGGCACAAUUCAGGAGAUAAGGGUAUUCAAGGACAAAGGAUAUGCAUUUGUGCGCUUUUCUACUAAAGAGGCCGCCACCCACGCCAUUGUUGGCGUACACAAUACGGAAAUCAAUCAACAGCCUGUGAAGUGCGCGUGGGGCAAAGAGAGUGGCGACCCCAAUCACAUGUCAGCCAUCGCCGGGCAAGCACUAAGCCCUGGCUUCCCAUUUGGCACAGCAGCAGCGGCGGCUGCAGCAGCAGCAUAUGGGCAACAAGUGGCCGGCUAUUGGUAUCCACCGGCACCCACAUAUCCCACAGCAGCGCCCACACCCGCCAACGCACUGCAACCGGGACAAUUUUUGCAAGGCAUGCAAGGAUUUACGACAUACGGGCAAUUUGCUGGCUACCAGCAAGGAUAUAUGGGCAUGGGCGUCCAAAUUCCCGGUACUUGGCAGAGUGUGCCACCUCAAGCGCCGUUGGCUGGCGCCACCGCUCCACAAAUUGCACAGAGCGUCAGCAGUGGUUUGCCACAGGCUGCCGGCGUUGUUGCCUAUCCCAUGCAACAAUUUCAGGUUAGUCCACAGCUGGCUGAAGAUGAAUGGCUUGCACCGAGCCUGCUUGUGUAGCUGCCAUGAUGGCCGGCAUUUACAACAACUAAUGGUGCA